GUUCUUCCGUUGACCGAGGUAGGACGAUUUGGGCUUCGGUAGUUUUUCAGCCGCUAUUCAGCGUCUUUUACGGACACGGUGUUAUCGUGCACCAAGUUGAUGAUUCGGGAGUGCAAGAGCAAGUGAUAGUGCAAUAGAAGGAUCGAUUAUUGUGGAAAGAUGUCAACGAAAGCUGCUAAGAAAAGUACAUCGACGUCGGGUACUAGUGGGCAAUCGCCACAGUUUAGUACGUCAACGCCGAUCGGCCAACGACCAGGAAGUCCCUUGAGUCCGACUCGUUAUUCUCGUCUUCAAGAAAAGCAAGAUUUACAAAAUCUAAAUGACCGGUUGGCGUGUUACAUUGACAAAGUACGACAUUUGGAAGCAGAGAAUUCCCGACUUACGCGGGAGGUACAGACGACCCAGGAGACUAUCACCCGCGAAGUAUCCAACAUAAAGUCUAUGUAUGAACAUGAAUUAUCCGAUGCAAGAAAAUUACUGGAUGAUACCGCGCGAGAACGGGCGAAGCUUGAAAUUGAUACUAAACGACUAUGGGAUAACAACGAGGAACUAAAGUCCAAAUUAGAUAAAAAAUUAGUGGACUUACAAGUUGCAGAGAGAAAUCUGUUGCUAUAUGAAACUCGUUACAAUGAUUUACAAUCACAGUUCAAUCAGUCACAAGCAGAACGUAAAAAGCUGGCUGAAAGAGAAAGAGAACUGGAACAAGAAGUAGAAAAAUUAAAAGCAUUAUUAGAGGAUACCCGUAAACAUCUUGGAGAAGAAACUUUACAACGCAUUGUUCUUGAAAAUAAUAUUCAAAGUUUGAAAGAGGAUAUUAGUUUUAAAGAUCAAAUUUAUCAACAGGAAUUGACAGAAACACGAACAAAACGACAGAUUGAGAUCUCUGAAAUAGAUGGCCGGCUUGCUGAACAGUAUGAAGCAAAGAUGCAACAGUCUUUGCAAGAAUUACGAGAUCAAUAUGAAGCACAGAUGCGAGCAAACAGAGAAGAAAUUGAAUUAUUAUAUGAAACUAAGAUCAAGAAUUUAACAGCUCAUGCUCAACGUAACAGUGGAGCAGCUAGUUUAGCUGUUGAAGAAUUGAGGCAAACAAGAACAAGAAUUGAUACACUUAAUCAGAAAAUCAAUGAACUUGAAGCAUCUAAUAACGCUCUUAAUGCACGCAUCAGAGACUUAGAAAACUUACGUGAAAACGAAAAGGCUCGUCAUGCAGAAAGUUUAGCAUCUUUGGAAGCAGAAUUGGCGCGUAUACGUGAUGAAAUGGCUCAACAACUUCAAGAAUAUCAAGAUCUCAUGGAUAUCAAGGUAGCACUUGAUUUGGAGAUUGCUGCAUAUCGAAAACUUCUUGAAUCUGAGGAAGCCAGAUUAAACAUCAUGCCAGCACAAUCAAGUUCGUCAGUAUCUAGUAGUGGUAGAGUAACUCCUUCAAGGCACACUCCAUUAAGAGGCGGAAAACGAAAACGCACUUUAUUAGAGGAAAGUGAAGAACGUAGCAGUACUGACUACAGUGUAACUGGAACAGCCAGAGGUGACAUAGAAAUUACAGAAGCUGAUCCUCAAGGACGAUUUGUAAAACUUACCAAUAAGGGGAAUAAGGAACAAGGACUAAGUGGAUGGCAAAUUAUUCGUAAAGCUGGUUCUUUGGAAACAAUAUUUAAGUUUCAUCGUACUGCUAAAAUCGACGCAGGCGCAAACGUUCUAGUAUGGUCAGCAGAUAUUGGAGCCACACAUGAACCACCAUCAAAUAUCGUCAUGAAAGGACAAAAAUGGUUUACAGCAGAUACUAUGACAACCACACUCCUCAAUAAUGAAGGAGAAGAAAUGGCUACUUCAGAAUGCAAAAGGCAACAGUUGUCUACGUCUCUAUCCCGACAUAGGGAAAACUUGGGUUUCCGACCAUCUGAAGAACUUCAUCAUCAACAGAGAAGAUAUCUCUACCCAUAUUAAGUGGGCGACCGAACGGUUCUGAUGAGUCGAUUUAUGGUAAUCCCCAAGGAGAGGAAUUUUGCUGCGUUAUGUGAAAAUAACUGUACGAAGUAACAUUAAGAAUUCUAACAGCACCUUUUAACACGUUGAUUGCCACAGUGAAAAUUGAUGCAUGUAUUUUGGCCAGACGCAUUAUAAGUUAAGAACAUAGUUAAUUCUUCAACUUCAUCAAGCAAUGUACAUUAUUAUCUCAAUAUUGAAAGUACUCAUAUUUUUUUUUUCUCUUAAAUGAUUUAACUGAAUUUGUAGCAUCCAUCACAGGUAAUCACCAUGACAGUCAACGUGUAAAAAACACUUGAAAGAGUACAGAAAAGCACUUGAGAAUCUCGUUUAGAGAUCAAGUCUUCAGAGUUUCAUUAACACAAAGAAUUCGUAUAAUGCCUCGAAUAAUGUUUUGAAUGAUAUAUUUUGCUUAAGAAAAUAAUAAAGAAGAGAUUAAAAACAGAAUUCACGAUGCUAUGUCUUAGUAUUUUAUAUUUACAGAGAUGCGUACACGUAUGAGAAAAUAUUCUGUAAUAUGACGUUUAAAAUCAAAUUUAACAAAGCGUUUCACGAUAAUCGAAACGCGAUCAUUGCAUUUAUACACUUGCACUACGUACAAAACUUCUUUGUCCAUUAUGUCAAAGUCACUAACUUUAAUUGAAUAAGGAGCACGAGCGUGACCGAACUACUUCUGGCGUAUCAUUUGUUUUACCUAGUCGUUAUCGUGCCUUUUUAAAUGUAUAAAAAAAUCCUUUUUCUCAGUAGGUAAUAGUAUUUAUGUUUAAGUACAAACCCGGAUGAAACAGGAGCGUGACAUCCGCAUAAUCUUUAAAUAAAUAAAUACAUUUAUUUGAUAGCAAAAUAUUUUCUGAUAUAUACAUACGUAUUAACGUAUUUGAAUUUUUGUUAAUUACUAUGGUAAGGAAAAAUAAUCUAUGUUUAACACAAAUAUAUUUGCUCCGUCAUCCGGAACAUGAUUUUGUUAAUUGUAUUCGACUUUAUACCAUUUCUACCAGUAAUAAAGAUCUCUGAUUAACCAUG